UUCCCCUUCCUAUCAUUAGUCCUCACCACACACUGAAUUUUCUCCUCUCUCAUUUCCCCUGUGUGUUUUCUUCUUCUGCAUACCCUAAUUUUUAACCAUGCUUCUCAAGGCGGCACCAGCUUUUGCUUUGUUGAACAGCCAAGGGGAAAAUCUGAGCCCUUUGUUCUCGUCUUCGAAGAGCUUUUCCCCAAAAAGUGGAAAUCGGUUCGUUGUUUCUGCUUCAAAGGCGACGAACCACAAGCCCUUGACCGGCGUUGUCUUUGAACCCUUUGAAGAGUUGAAGAAGGAGUUGAUGCUUGUACCCGCUGUUCCUGAUACCUCUCUUUGCCGCCAGAUGUACUCAGAUGAUUGCGAAGCUGCUAUUAAUGAACAGAUCAAUGUGGAAUACAAUAAUUCAUAUGUUUACCAUGCGAUGUUUGCCUAUUUCGACCGAGACAACGUUGCUCUCAAGGGUCUCGCCAAGUUUUUCAAGGAAUCUAGUCUAGAGGAAAGAGAGCACGCUGAGAAAUUGAUGGAAUUCCAGAACAAGCGCGGUGGGAGGGUGAAGCUGCUAUCUAUCUGUGCGCCACCUACUGAGUUUGAUCACUGUGAGAAGGGGGAUGCAUUGUAUGCAAUGGAGCUCGCGCUUUGUCUGGAGAAGUUGACAAAUCAAAGGCUUCUAAACUUGCAUGCUGUAGCCUCGCGAAGCAACGAUGUGCAUUUGGCUGAUUUUCUUGAAAGCGAGUUCUUGGUUGAACAGGUGGACGCAAUCAAGAAGAUCUCAGAAUAUGUUGCUCAGCUGAGAAGAGUUGGCCAAGGACAUGGUGUCUGGCAGUUCGAUCAGAUGCUGCUGAAUGAGGGAGCUGCUGCUUGAAGGAGAAGAUAGAAUUUCACUUUGCAUUUGUAUUUUGCCAUUGUGGAGGAUGUCUUUAGUAUAUUUUGAUAUUAGAAAAGGGCUCUGAGAUUCUAGGCCUCUUAGUAGUAGAAAGUAUGAGUGGUAAGAAAGUCCAUAUAAGACUGUCCUAAUAGAUCUAGCCAGCUGUGCUAUAGUUUACUAGUUGUCAAGUACUUUUGGAUUUUAAUUAGUUCAAUCUAGGGUAUCAUGCUUGCUCUUGUAGCUUGAACAUGAAGUGCACCCAGAAAGCACUCUAUCAAAUUUAAGUGAGUUCAACUGAUAUGUUGGUAUUUCUGCAAUUUAUUGCUUCAAAUUAAUUUGGACCUGCUGUUGAGGUUGA